AGCGAUAGCGUAAGUGUAUACGAAGCGGUCUACACCGUGCUAGCGCUCUCUUGUAAAUUUUUGUUCCUUUUCCUCCAACGGAGGGUGAUCAAGCGGGAGUGUGAAUCUGCAGCCCACUUGUCGCAACCAUACUCCGUACUCCAACGACCGUACGCUGUAGCUCAGCUACGAGACGAAGGCAAUCCGACCGCCGAAGAAUACGAGUGCGAAUCUGCAGCGUGUUCUCGGAGUACCCAUUUCUAGCCAGGGAAGGACGAAGUGUGAACCUGCAAUCGUUCGGCCUCACUAUCGGCAACCGAUUUCACUCCGACUGCCUACUUUCCGCCCCUUCAUCCUAAUAAUUGUAUAAUAGAGAGUAAGUUUGCGUGCGAACCGCGUUUCCGAACCCGGCAUACCGGUCUAGUCGGCAAAACUGUGCCUCCGAAGACUCAUUAGGAGCCACAAAAUGGCAACCAAACAAGGCGAUAGCGAGCACUCCUCCACUGAAAAUCCUAAAGACGAGCCUGCCUGGACACUACCUAUGAAUCUGACGUUCCUGAAUCUGCUUCACGACAGCGGAAUUUUCUACGACGGCAGUGAAGGAGCCGAAGACUUCCUCAACCAUUUGCAGCACUUACAGGCCACGUACGACCCGUCGGGCAAUAAUAUUCUGCGAGGUCUGUCCCAGUUGUUGCGGGGACCAGCCCUGGCCUGGUACUUUAAUCACCGGCACAAGUGGACCUCGUGGACAGCGUUUCUGGACGCCUUCCGCCUGGAGUAUCUGCUACACCACGAACUGGAGGAACUGGAGAAGCGGUUUCUACAGCGACGACAGCGUCCUGGCGAAUCUGGCCGGAAAUAUCUCAACGACAUCGAGACCAUAAUACGCCUUCAUGGGGGUUUCUCCGAGGAGGAGCGGUUGGAAAUGAGCUACCGCAACCUCAGCCCCGAGUACCGGCGUUACAUCCGCCGGUCGAGCAUCCGUACCCGCGACGACUUACUGCGUGAGAUCACGGAGUAUGAGGCCCUGGAGGAGGAACUUCGAACCACCCAACAACCUUGGAUCGAGAGCCGAUACAUACCAGAACAAAACAGGGCGCUGCAACAGUUCCAGGAUGAGGAGCCUCCCCAGUUCGACCAACUGCCGCCGUCACCAAUGGACACGUCGCUGCCAGCAUCUACAUCGACCUCGGCGCCUGCCAAGCCAUUUAAGCGUCGUCGGCUAAACAAGCCAUCCGCACUUACAGGAAAAGCAGGGGCCCAGCAAUCGGCACCAAGGCCCUGUUCGGCCGCUCGACGCCCGUCCUCGAGGGUUACUGCCCGACAACGGGGCAUGAUGACCACGGAACCGACCAUUUCGCACCAAACCACCCAAACGGAGAAGCCCUCCAGUGUCGACCAGGCCACUCAAACGGAGAAGCCCUCCAGUGUCGACCAGGCCACUCAAACAGAGAAGCCAGAGAGGCCCCCACAGCCGCCACGCCAGGCACCGCUUCCUGUCACUUCCCGCAGCGAACAUAGCGUAGAAUUCUUCAUCGACCUGUCCCGUCUUACCCGCCGCCGUCCCCUACAAUACAGCCUGCCAGAUGGACAGCAAAUUUCGAUCAAGCGGGUAGGAAAACACAAACUGCGGAUCAGAACCCGACCCGGCCCCGCAGCAAGCGGACCGCCACUGGUACUCCCUGCUGCAGCCCACGAUUCGCAGUCCGAACCGACCACUGCUCAGCCUCCACUGCCGGACACCGCAACCCCCUAG